GGUAAUCAACUGGGUCGCAUCCUGGGCAGUUUUGACUCCAUUGUGGCGCCGAACAGAAGCGAGAUAAGUACACUGGAUCAGCCAUGGUCAAGAUUUUCAUUGGGAACCUGUCCCAGGACACUGGGAAGGAAGACGUGGAGGCUCUGUUCACCCCGUAUGGCACGGUGACGGAGAGUGCCAAGUUUAAGAACUAUGCUUUUGUCCACAUGGACGACCGGAAGUCGGCCACCAAGGCCAUCCGCGAGCUCCAUCUCUACAAGCUGGACGGCCGCCCCAUCAACGUGGAGCCCAGCAGAGGGAAGAACCCGGGCCCCGUGAAGCUCCACAUCGCCAACGUGGAGAAGGGCUUCGACAAUGAGCUCCGUGAGCUGUUCGAAGAGUACGGCACGGUCAAGGAGUGCUCUAUCGUCAAGAACUUUGCCUUCAUUCACAUGGCCAACUGUGACGAGGCCAUGGACUCCAUAAAGGGCCUGGACAACACGGACUUCCAAGGUAAGCGCAUACAUGUUCAGGUCUCAAAAAGCAGACCCCGGGGGGGCCCCGAGGAGGAGGAGGAGUAUCCGCCUCCGCCCAACAGAGGGGGGGGCUAUUAUCCUCCGUGCUUCCCCGGGGAGCGACCGGAGCCUCCCUUCAGGGACCGCAUGUCCGCUUACGCACCUCCGCCGCUGCCUCCGCCGCCCCCUCCCCCGAGGCGUGCGCCGUAUCCCGACCGUGGCUACGGGGACCGAGACCCCUACGGGAUGGUCGACUACUACGAGAAAUACAGAGCCCGUCCUUACAGCGCCGGCUUCGAUGACAGGCGCCCCGGCAUCAACCCCCCUCCUCCGCCUCCUCCCUCGGCGCUGGUUAGGGAGCGCCUCGGAAUGGGGGGCCCCAACCCGUACGAGCGCCCCCCGCCCGCGCCGCCCGCGUACAUGACGAGGGACCGCAGCCCCAUCCGGCGAGCCCCCCCGCCGCCCGCGAUGCCGUCCGGUAACGGGUACCCGUACGAGCGGUCCCGGCUCGCCCCGCCGACCAGGGCUCCGAUGUACGCGGCGCCGAUGUACGCGACUCCCCGGCCCAGGGACCCCUACUCAGUGGGGGCGCCGCCGCCGCCGCCACCACCGCCACCGCGAUACCCAGGCUAUUAGAGAGCCGAACUCAAGGUUAGACUCAGGGCAGGAGAGGCCAGCGCAUGGUAAGUGCUCCCUGGAAGACGUGCAGCAUCCAGUGGACCCGAGGUGGGUGCCCUUUGAACUCUUACCCAAUAACGCCAUGCUCUGAUCUCCCCCUUGUGCUUAUGCAUAAGAGGCUAUGAGGUAAUGAGGAUGUGAGGAGUGGGGUCGCUGACUCCGCCUCUUUGUCUCCAGGCCGACUGAUGCUCUUGGACCGCCUCCUCUGAACGUCACAGGAAUAAGAUGGAGACGUCCCGGUGAAGCGGGACGAGUUCACUGAGGUCCACGACCGGCGUGUCGCUCCUGUGAGCCGACAGUGAAGGUGUCUUCUGCUUUUGUUUACAGGAAGUGGAUUUUUUUUUUUCCUUUCUUAUUAUUCCCUGCAGUUGAUGAGGUCUCAAACUGUGGGAGCAGCCCUCUCUCCCCGCCUGAUGGGAAUGAGAUGUGGCUAUAAACCAAAUUGGUCUCCAGGAAUUCAUUGCGCAACCUUUUUACAACACGAGCGGCCAUCUUUUAUAUCGUCUAUAAACUAUGAUCUUAAAGCUGUACGUUGGGCUACUGGAUGAAGGCAAUUGAAUACAAAUUUUUCUUUUGUAUGAAUUGUCUUUUAUUUUAUUUGAAUAACAAUUGUUAUACAUGGCAUUUUUUUAUAUUGUAAGGUCAAACCAUAGUAAAUAUACUUGUUUAUUGUC